AUGGUAGCUCACCCUGAGCUACAAAAAGGAAAAUUUGGUCCAAACUUUACUCAUAAGCAGGCAAAUGCUCUAUGGAAUGAAGUUUCUCAGGAACUUAAUAGUAUAAUUGGUGCAAAUAAAAAUGCAGAAAAAUGGAGAAAAUGUUGGAUUGACAUGAAAUCCAAUACCAAGAACAAAAACGUUCAGUUAAGGAAAAGUCUAAUGAAAACUGGUGGAGGAGAAGCAAGUGAUCUAUUUGAUUUAGAACCAUUAGAUAAUAAAAUUUCAAGUAUCAUUGGUAAUGUUUCAAUUUUUGGACAAUCGCAAAUAACUGAGCCAAUAGUAAACUUUGAGGGCUACAAUUGUGUAGUUAUUGGUUCAAAAAGUAUCAUUGAUCAGUAA